AUGCCUCCUCCCCACUACGACUUCCUCAUCAAGCUCCUUCUCAUCGGCGACUCUGGCGUCGGGAAAUCGUGCCUACUGCUCCGCUUCUGCGAUGACGCGUGGACGCCCUCGUUCAUCACCACCAUCGGCAUCGACUUCAAGAUCCGGACCAUAGAGCUUGACGGCAAGCGCAUCAAGCUCCAAAUCUGGGACACAGCCGGCCAGGAACGGUUCCGCACGAUCACCACGGCAUAUUACCGCGGUGCCAUGGGCAUCCUGCUCGUGUACGACGUCACGGACGAGCGCUCGUUCAACAAUAUCCGCACCUGGCACGCGAACAUCGAGCAGCACGCCUCGGAGGGCGUUAACAAGAUCCUGAUCGGCAAUAAAUCCGACUGGACGGACAAGAAGGCCGUCACUGAGGAGCAGGGCCGCGCGCUCGCUGACGAGCUCGGCAUCCGCUUCAUGGAGACGUCCGCGAAGGUCAACGAGGGCGUCGAGGAGGCAUUCUUCACGCUCGCACGGGAUAUCAAGGCGCGUCUGAUCGACUCGCAAGCCGACGCGGCGGGCGCACCCGGUGGUAGCCCCGCCGAUGGCUCAGUCAAAGUCAACCAGCCCUCGACGCAGACCGCGACGGGAUGCUGUUCAUAG